AACGACAAAGAAGAAGAAGAAUGCCAUGGGAAAGAAACAUGGCUGCGCACUGAAACACCGCUGGAUGUAUUCUUACGUUUCGUUUCCCCUUCGGUUCAUUGUUGGGACUGAAUGUUUGAGACAGCAGUUGGGUGUUUUAGCCCUGUUAUCAACGUAAAUGACAUUUGUCACAGCCAGUGGUGGAACAAAUCAUCAAUCGUCGUAAGUGUACAACUGUCGAACUGAUUUUAGCUGCUGGCUAGAUCGUGGGGAAGAUUGUUAGCCAGUGCCCACGUUUAAGAAUUGACAGCCAACUUAGGUUGUUUUGCAGGGUUUAAUGACUGUAUACCGUAGACCGUAGAUUGGCCCUCUGAACCUACUUAACUGAGAGGUUAGGAAGCCUGUCAGUUACCAUUCUUGUAUGAUAGCAAUGGUAAGUCCUGUGAAAUCUGUGCAUUCUGGAGUGAAUCCGAUGGUUGUCAAUAGAGAGCUUGGCAAGACCAAGAUGAGAUAGCAAGAGGUUGUAAAGCAGAACUCUGUUCACUCGCUAAAGUCUCUGCGGGUAAAAGGAACGGAGUAGCCCACUGGAAUAAAAUACAGGAAUAAAGAGCCUUUGCAAUGUUCGGAGAUCUUUUUGAGGAGGACGAGGAAGGCUUUUCUUCCGUCCCCAGCGGAGGAAGAUUUGCGAAAGGGAAGGAGGUCGAGCCUCCACCACCAAGAGAGAACGUCAAUCUCAGCGGAAUCAAAAACCAAGGGGGCACUUGCUACCUCAACUCCCUCCUCCAGACGCUUUUGUUUACGCCAGAGUUCAGAGAGGAACUUUUCAGUCUGGGACCGGAUGAACUGGGUAACCUGACUGACAAGGACCAUCCAGAUGCCAAGGUUCGGGUGAUCCCACUCGAGCUCCAGAGGCUGUUUGCACACCUGCUGCUGGUGAAACAGCAGACCGCCUCAACCUCAGACCUCACAGAGAGCUUCGGCUGGACCAACAAUGAGGAGACGAGCCAACAUGAUGUUCAGGAGCUGAACCGCAUCCUCUUCAGUGCUCUGGAAAGUUCUUUGGUGGGAACGUCAGGCAGCAACCUCAUCCACCGCCUCUACCACGGCACACUCGUCAACCAAAUCGUCUGCAAGGAAUGCAGCAACAUCAGUGAGAGACAGGAGGACUUCCUGGACCUGGCCAUGCCUGUGCGCGGUGUGUACAGCCUGGAGGAGGCGCUGUGGAGCAUGUUUGUAGAGGAGGAGUUGUUCGAGGGCAACAACCUCUACCGCUGCAGCUGCUGCAACCAGCUGGUCCAGGCUGCCAAGUCUGCCAAACUGAGGAAGCUGCCCCCAUUCCUCACCAUGUCUCUGCUGAGGUUCAACUUUGACUUUGCCAAGUGCGAGCGCUACAAGGAGACAGGACGCUACAUUUUUCCUCUCACCAUUGACCUUCGACCUUUCUGUGAACAGAGAGAGUGUCCUGACAGUGAGUUCCUGUACGAGCUCUUCUCCGUCAUCAUCCACAAGGGGGGCUGCUACGGUGGCCACUACCACGUCUACAUCAAAGACAUCGACCAUCUGGGCCGCUGGGAACCUCCAGAGGAGGAGAAGCAGAAGCAAAAGACCCAGCAGAGAGACGUGAGAGUGAGUGAACCUGUGCUAGAGAAGGACGAUCCCCUGUCAGUGCUCACAGCCAUACUCGCUCAGGAAGAAUCAAAGAGUGUUCCUGUCGAUCAGAUCAGCCAAAAGCUGAUGGAUAAGAUCGGGACUUCGUGGAACAAAACAUUCCGCAAGCAACAUGGACCAAUUGGCAAGUUCCUGCAGAGUAACUCUGAUGUCUUCCUGCUGGUGGCCAAAGGGACUCGCGUGACUCUAAAAGCCACCUCUCCUCCGAACCCUGGGUCAGAGGUCACAGAGGUUACCGAGGUUACCGAGGUCCACCCGACCACUGAGGCCUCACCCUGCGAGAGCAGCCCAGAGGUGAACGAGGUCCAGCCGGAGACUGUGGUGGAGGCAGAAGGCGAGGGGAUGGCUGGAUGUCACUGGUUCGACCUGAACGACUCCAGUGUCACCUCCAUUGGGCAGCGGGACAUCGAGAAGCAGUUUGAGGGGAAGGAGAGCGCCUACAUGCUCUUCUACCGCAAGGCCAGUCUCCAGAGGCCGACAGAGGCUUUAGGGAAUCUGGCGUAUAAGGUCCCUCCACACUUAAUCCAGAUGGUUGAGGAAGAAAAUGCCAAACUCCAGCAACGGAGGGAGGAGUUUGACGCCAGCAGUAACAGCAUCGAGGUGCGACUGCACCUGGCGCCCCACUACAGGGCAGAGAUGGGGGCACUGCGACCGGUCGGGGACACUAAAGAUGCUGUCAUCACCAUCACCUUUGACCGCCGCAAAACCGUUGGGGACCUGCGGCUGGCCGUUUAUCAGAUGCAAGACCUCUGGGAGGGGGACAUGGCCCUGACGGUGGCUCAGAGUCUGCCUGCUGGCCUGCACCUCUAUGACACACUUGCAGAUGACCAGCAAUCUCUGUACAGUGCUGGUGUGAAUUCCGGCUCUGACCUGUUUGUGUGGAAUGGGAGAGAGGUGAGUGGAUCAGUAGUGCUAAUAGGAGCAGAGUGGGAGCCUCUGCUGCUCACAGUUGUCCGCCCAUCUGAUGAGGAACCCGAUGACACAGGAGGGCCCCCUGAACCGACCAACGAGGCCUCCGGCUCUGGGCUGGUGCGCUCCAUGCAGGGCUUUGCCCGCGGGGCCACGCUGGGUACUCUUCGGGAGGCCCUGGGGCCCCAGGAAGCCCUGGUAUGCCGGGAGACGAAUCGCCAGGGAGCCGGCGGCGAGGGAGGGGGAGCCAGUGGCUGGAAGGUGUUCCCUCCCCAGGACAUGCAGAGGACACUAAGGGAGCUGGCGCUCAAAGAUGGAGAUGCAUUGCUGCUGCUGGAGCCCCACGAGCUGGACAGCAGCAUCUUCAGCCUCAGUGGAGAUAUGGUUACCGUGACGACCCCCUCGGACUGCCGCUGGUUACAGGUGGAGGUCAGAGGAGGGGAGAGGGAGGAAGUGGAGAAGAUGACGAGGAGGGGGAAGGUUCCAGCCUCAGGAAAUAUGCUGCUGUCUGAGGUUAAGCAGAAGGCCAUAGAGGAACUGGAGCUAGAGGAUAAACUCAAAGGUGUGGAGUGUUGCCUGAGGCAGGUGGAUCGAACAGGGAAUCUCCUGCCCCCAGUUUAUGAUGACAUAACUGUGAGAGAGGCUGGGAUUAGGCUAAUGACCACUCUCUUCCUGUGUCUCGGACCUGCACCCAAAUCCACACAACUCUUCCUGUCCUUCACUGUGGGCUCAGCGCCCUCUGCUGGCGGGGACAUGGACAUCCUCGUAGAUGGGACCCUGACCGUCAAAGAGUGCCUGACAAAGAUGUUGAAGAAAGCUGGACUUCAAGGAGAUGCUUGGCAUCUGAACAGAAUGGACUGGGACGAUGAGGUUGGGGAGGUCUUAAUGGAUGAGAAUGCAACACUGUCUGGUGCUCGACUCAGUCACGGAGACAAGCUGAUACUCUCUGCAGGGCUUCUCCCACCCAGGGGAUUCAUGAAAAUAUCAGUUUGGCUUUACUUGGACCUUAGAGACAUUAGUCAUGUUUCCAUGGAGAUGGAGGUAAACCAUACCACAGAGGGGGCGGAGUCUCAGACACAGGAAGUUAUCGCUGCAGAGUGGCUAGGAGCAGAGCUAAGGAUUGUGGGAAAAGUGGAGAUCUCUGGAGAAGCCUCACUGGAUGACUUAAAGUCUCAGGUGAUGACACUGCCCGCUCUGCUGGAUGUGUGUGUGCCAUCUCCAGCGUUUCUGCGUGUGUGGCAGCUGGAGGGGCACAAGCUGGGCAAGGUACUCAGAGGAAACCAGCAGAGUCUCAGGAAACUGAAGGUGACAAAUGGGGCAGAGAUUUGUGUGCAGAGACUACUAAAAGAGGAGGAGCUUGGGCCGAGGGACCUUCUGCUGUGUGUACAGAUGGGCGUCCCGGGCGAGCGGCAGUACUUCCCGUGGGAGGAGUUUGUGUGGGAGACGGGGAACGAGUCGUCCCCGAGAGCUCUGCGCGUGGCCCUGUCCUCCCGCUACGGCCUCUCGCCCGACAGCCUGCUGCUGGCCAAACGCCUCCCUGAGAAACACACCUGGAUGCCUGUCUCCAACUGGACCCAACAGGUGUCUAAGCGCAAGAAGAAGAAAAAGAAUGACAACCUCCAGGGGGCGCCCUACUACUUGAAAGAUGGCGACAUCAUUGGCAUAAAGAACCUGCUGAUUGACAAUAAUCGGGACUUCAGCACACUUCAGGAUGAUCUGGACCAGCAGAGACUGGGAGAGGAAACAGAGAGUCUAAAGAAAGGGGGUCAGAGUGACAGUGCAGAGGCCAAUCAGGAGUCGGGGCCAGGGAGAAAGGCGGGACAAGGGAAGAAUCGAAAACCAGAGGUGGCUUUAUCAAUCAAUGUUGGGGUCUUCAGAUAGCCCCAGCCCUACACACACACACACACACACACACACACACACACACACACACACACACACACACACACACACCUACAUGCACAAACAGAUCCCCUCGCAGAUGCACUUUGGCGCUGCAUAGUUCCUGGACCCUCUUGAAGGUGUGUGCCAAACACCGUCUGCGCCUGCGGUCUCCAGCACACACAGCCACUGUGUCAGUUUGCCAUAUAAUUUGAGGAGAAGGACAUGAGACAUGAGUUGAUGGAAGACACCAAAAGUACAGGUGCCUGGACUCUUUUACCUUUCCCACCCUCUUUCCCCCUCUAACCUAUGCAAUAUAUCUGGGGAUUCAUUGUCAGUCUGGUCAGGGGAAUUCAACUGUUAAUCGGUUUUUGGAUUCAUGUUCAUUUUGUUAAAAAAAAAGCAAUCAACCAGUACUUGUGCAAUAUCAUCUACAAAGGAAGGGAACCAAGCAGCACUUAAAACCUUGAGCAGAUGAAGCUGCUAGAUUGCUAGAAAUGGCAAGGUACAACAAUCAGUUUUUUGAGAGGAACUGUCAACUGUCAUUUUGUCGAUGGUUGGUACAUAUCAUUUAUGAAAGGCCAAUUGACCUCCCUCUCUUGUGAAAACAGUUCAGAUACGGUUUGCACAGAAUUAUAUGAUUUGCUUUCCUCCUCUGUGUGUAGCUGUGCAAUGCAUUGUGAAUCUCUGUGCAUUCAAGGGGGGGUAUAUACUACACCUGAAGCUACAUUCACAAAGCCAAGGCAAAAUUGUGUGGAGAAAUGAGAUGGCGGCCAUUUUAUUGGUUGUGUUCCUAUUUCCUGUCAUUUGACGCAUCCAACCUUUUCCAACGAGGCACACAGUACUGCACACUCAACUAGAAUGAUGUCAGUAUUAGUGGUAGUCAGUGCCCCCCUGAGUAAUUGUAACUGUUUGAAGAAAUUGUGUAACGCUACAGCAUGUUGGAGGGCAAAGAGCUUCAAUUUUGAAAGUCCUGUUUCUGAACAGGUCUGGUCGCUCUAUAUGACCCACACCACGCACACGCUUGGGACUAUUCAGGAACACAUUGAAAAUAAGAAUUUAAAAACAGUUCCAAAGACACAAAGGCCCAGUAGUUCCAGGGUACAGGGAACCAAAAAUGGCUUGUAUUGAGUUGAGCGAUCCGAAUGAAAAUGCCGUAAAAGAGCGUCCGUGGCAGCGGCCAGUGUCUCCUCCGCUUCUGUGUUUGGCGUAUGGGGGGUUAAUCUGUGUACCUCAGCUCUGCUGUAUCCUGAAGUUCAUCCACACCUGUGUGCCAGAUGUGCGUGAGCUGGCUGAUGUGUGAAAGGCUGAUAUGAGUGGAGCCUCAUGACACCUGGCUGAUGUUGAUGAUGUCGAGGCCGAUGCAUCCGUUUACAUUCACUAAAGCAUCCCAGUGCUUUUAUACCCCUCAAGUAAUUCCUCUAGUUUUGGCCAACAGAAAAUCAUUUCUUCUGUCAUUCAUGAAGAUGGUGUUUUUGCCAGAGUGAACUUGGGUGCAAUCGGCGUUGCCAGGAUUUUGCAUCCAUUGAUAUUGUGUGUCAGGUAAAUGAUCACAUUUUGAAAUAAAUUUGCCUGGGUGAGAUGCCUACACUGCCUUUGUGAGCUCGGUCUCACUGAUCAACCCUCCUACCUCACCCCUCAUGCCCCUUACCCAACCAGACACACGCGCACACACACACACACACACACACACACGAGCGCACACACACACACGUAUACCUGCCUCAGUGGAGAACUAUGCCAUGAAACCAGAGAAAAUUGCUUUCCCCCCUCCUCUUUUUUUGACUCUUUUUCUUUUUUGAUGACCCUUAAAUAAAGCCAUUUUGAGGUUUGUUGAUAUUGUUUGUUAAGAACAAAAAGAAAGAAAUAUUUCAUCAUGUUAUCCGAUUUCAGCAGUUUUCAUUUGGUGUUUAUGAUUGAAUCAGCAUGUGAUAGCGGAUUUGAUUCGGUCUGCAUGUCUACAUUCUCCCUUUCGUCAUGCAGGGAGCCUAAAAUAAUGUGACUUCAAGAGAUGGACGGUUACACUCAGAGAGAAUUAACAAGUCCCUUUUUAUUGAGGAGAAACUGGCAAAAGUAAGAAAGGAAGAGAUAAGAGAGAAGUGUUUCACCUUCACAGGCCUGUGUUACUACUGAAGAAACACAAGUGAUUUUGUUUUCUAUUAAUUGAAGUAUUUUACUCUGAUAAAAGAUGGUUAUUUGCUUUGACUGCUAUAUUUUCCCUCUUCUUUGGGCUAUAUAUAUAAUAUGGGCUAUAUACUGUAUUUUUGGUUAUGUUGUAAAUCAUCAAGCAGAUGAUUUUCAUGGAUUCACACAUGGGUUUACAGGAUUUUGCUUGAAUUAUUUUUCUUUUGGUGUUUCAUGGUCCUCUUACCUAUGCUCUGUCGAUUAAAAAAAAAGUGUAAAAAAAA